GUCCUCUUCACAGACUGCUAGACUUCCAGAUCAGUGGGCCUUGGAAUAUGUCCAAAUCACUGCAGAGCGAGAAUGGUGGGAUUACUGUGGCAACAGUGGAAUGGACACCACAACAGAGUGAUCUCCAUCGCUCCGUUCCAGUGUGUUUCACCGCAGACACAGAGACAAGGUGAUGACCGGUAACCCUUAUCUCUAUAUUAUCCACUUUACUUAACAGCUUCCAUCUCACCUUGUCGCUCUUCAUCUAUUUAUCUUUGUAGCCAGUCAGAGAUGAGAUGUGUUGUGCUGAUGGUAGCACAAUCAUUGCCACUGACAGGUGAGUUUUAACCUUUCUGUAUAGUGGCUGACAACUGAACACAUUUAAAUUUGGAAAUAUGUAGAACUGUGUACAUGUGUGUUGCAUAUUUCCAGGUGAAGGAGAGGUGUCUUGCAAGGAGAACAUUAUAAGCAUUGUUGUGAGCAAAGGAUCUAUACCAGGUAUAGAUCAUAGAUGGCUACAUAUGAUCGACCCUUCCUGCUCCCUCACCUCCAAUGACACCCAUGUCAUGGGCACAAUAUCAAUUAACACCUGUGGUACAGAGAUGGAGGAAGAAGGCGAUUUCAUUAUUUUCAGAAAUAGCAUCAGCUCAUUUGAUGCCCCCAGUGCAAUCAUUACUAGGAGGGGUCAGGUCAAGAUUGGGUUCUCAUGUCAGUACCCCAAGGUGGUCGAUGUAUAUAGCCAUUAUCUGAACAAAAAAUCGGACUACAUUUUCACUGAGGUCAACUUUGGCAGCUUUGGCUACGUCUUUGAAGUUUUCACGGACAGCAACUUCGCCACUGCAGUGGCCCCCGAAACAUACCCAGUGGAGUACCAGCUGCUAGACAUGAUCUAUAUGGGCAUCAAGGCUCAAUCCACACUUUCAAACACAAGGCUGUUUGUAGAAUCCUGCAGGGCCACUCCUACUGGUAACCCAAAGAGUAUUAAAUACUAUGACCUGAUCAGUCAUGGGUGUAAUGUAGAUGAAACCAUAAAGGUAUAUCCAGGCAGUCUAACCGAUUUUAAUUUUGAGAUCCAAGCCUUUAAGUUCACCGGAGAGCUCGAUGAGGUGUUUAUUAGCUGUGCAGUUAUCCUGUGUGAGGCAAGCAACCCAAACUCCAGAUGUAAUCAGGGCUGUGUGAACAGUACCUCUAGCAGGCGUAAGCGAGAAAGCGGGCUUGAGACAGCCAGCCACUUCCUCACUCAGGGUCCAUUUCGUGUGGCGAGAGAUGGUCAACGCCGUUCAGGUGAAAGGCUCAAUGAUGACUCUGAGACUGUGUCCAGUUCGAACAAGCAAACAAAUGUCGGUACUUUUGUUCUCGCUGGUCUUCUCAUCGUUUCCCUCGUGCUGCUGGUGGGACUCAUAUUCUACAGGCAUCAGAGAACCAGAACCCUCAGCCAGCAGAACCUCUUGUUUUAAGAUCUUUCUAUUCUUGGUUAUCAGUUCCAGACUAGCAUACAGCAAAGCAUAAAUUGAGCCACAGAGAAUAUGCUUAGAAGCUGUAAUACAUAUUCAGUAGUGUACAUCAUUUGUUGUAAUGUAAAAUGUAUUUAGACCGAGGUCAAGUACUGUACUGGCUUUAGAGACCUACACUUUUUUCAUGAUUCUAUGGCAGAUAAUGUACAACAAAAAAAGUUUUUGUCAAAUCAUAUAGGCCAGAAAAUCACACUAGUGUUUUAUACUCAGGUGUAUAAAAUGAUUUAAAUUCUAGCCUGAAUAUUUCUUGAUUUAUUUAAAACAAUAAUAAGACCUGCUAAUUGCAGGCAUACCUAAACUUUUAAGUGGUGCUGGUGAUGAUAUACUUUAUAGCCGUGAUGGUAUAGCUUUCCUUCUGUAACUCUGAGUGGACAAAUGAUUGUGGCAUUAUAUUAAUUUAACCUAUGUUUACAAUUUACAAACAUCUCCAUGAGUCUCUUCUGUACAUGGUUUAAAAAAACAAGCAAAUAAAUUG